UAUGGCGCCUCACCGGUACAUCCAGAGCAGCUCAGCCGCCGUUCAGAGCGUGACAGCCGCCGAAGCUGCACCGCCGGGUCCCUUCUACGGUGAACCACACAAGUUUGAUCCUUCCUUCAGAGGUCCAGUCCGAAGAAGAAGCUGCACUGAUGUCCUAUGUUGUUUGAUCUUCAUCAUUGUCAUCUUCUCGUAUGUUGCCCUUGGGAUAGUGGCCUGGUUACAUGGGGACCCCAGGAAGGUGCUGCAUCCAACAGACAGCUAUGGCCAGUUCUGUGGUCAGAAGGGAACUUCCAAUGCGAAGAAACCCAUCCUGUUCUAUUUCAACAUCUUGAAAUGUGCCAACCCUGCUAUACUCAUCAACCUACAGUGCCCCACAACUCAGAUGUGCGUGUCAAAGUGCCCAGACAAGUUUGCCACCUACACUGAGAUGCAGCUGCAGCACAAACUCAGCAAGAGUUACUGGGAAUAUUACAGACAGUUCUGCAAGCCUGGCUUUAAUAACCCUGACAAGCCAGUAUCUCAGGUUCUACGAGACGAGGACUGUCCCUCUAUGAUUGUACCAAGUAGACCAUUUCUUCAGAGAUGUCUACCAGACUUCAUCACUCUGAAUGGGACGGUGACUGUGGCGAACAGGACGAGGUUUAAAGAUGCUCUGGAAAUGGCACGCAGUGUUACUGAACUCCAAGACGCUGCCAAAGGUAUAACAGGACUCGUGGACACUAAGGAGCUGGGCAUGAAGAUAGUGGAAGAUUAUGCCAAGUCAUGGGCAUGGAUACUCAUAGGUCUGCUGAUAUCACUGGCUGUUAGUCUGGUCUUCAUCCUGCUGCUGAGAUUCACAGCUGGGCUGCUGCUGUGGGUUACCAUCAUCUCUGUCAUACUGCUGCUGGCAUAUGGUAUGUGGUACUGCUCCAUGGAGUUGUCCCAGCUCAAACACAGACCAGGCUCUGAUGUAGCCAUUGUAGAAGUGGGCCUGCAGAGUGACCUGCAGGUCUAUCUACAGCUCAGACAAACAUGGAUCAUUUUAUUGGUGUCUCUUGGAGUGACAGAAGCCUCCAUCUUGCUGAUGUUGAUCUUCUUGAGGAGAAGGGUCCGGGUGGCCAUCGCCUUGCUCAGGGAGGCCAGCAAAGCCAUCGGCCACAUCAUGUCCACUCUCUUCUACCCAGUCAUCACAUUUCUCUUGCUGACUGUUUGUAUCUCCUACUGGACUGUCACUUCUGUUUAUCUAGCAUCCUCAGGUGAAGCUGUCUACAAAGUGAUGUCUCCUGAUGUGAGCUGUCCCUAUGCCAACAGUACUUGCAACCCGGAGACAUUCAACAGAAGCAACAUCUCCAAAGCAGAGUCCUGUUUGGGUUCUCAGUGUCUGUUUGCGUUCUACGGUGGCGAGACGUCCUACCACCGUUACCUCUUCCUGCUGCAGCUGUCCAACUUGCUCAUCUUUCUCUGGCUGGUCAACUUCAGCUUGGCCCUGGAGCAGUGCACUCUGGCUGGGACAUUUUCUAGCUACUACUGGGCCAAGAGGAAGCCUCAGGAUAUCCCCCCAUGUCCACUGUUCUCAUCCUUCAGCAGGGCAAUCAGGUAUCAUACAGGAUCUUUGGCAUUUGGGGCUCUCAUUCUCUCUAUUGUCCAACUUGUCCGGAUCAUACUGGAGUACCUGGAGCAGAAACUAAGAGGUUUGGACAACAGCCUGUCCAGAUUCAUAAUGUGUUGUCUGAAAUGCUGUUUCUGGUGUUUGGAGAAAUUCAUACGAUACAUGAACCGAAAUGCUUACAUCAUGGUGGCGAUCUAUGGGAAGAACUUUUGUACUUCAGCCAGAGAAGCCUUCUUCUUGCUGAUGAGGAAUAUGGUCAGGGUUGCAGUUCUUGACAGAGUGACUGACUUUCUGUUGUUUCUGGGUAAAGUGCUGAUAGCAGGAGGAGUCGGUGUGGUAGCAUUCCUCUUCUUCACAAGGGAAAUUCCUGUUAUCCAGGAGGAAGUGCCCAAUCUCAACUACUAUUGGAUCCCCCUACUGACAGUCGUGAUCGGUGCCUACCUGAUUGCUCAUGGUUUCUUCAGCGUCUAUGCCAUGUGUGUUGACACGCUCUUCCUCUGCUUCUGUGACGACUUGGAGAGGAAUGAUGGCAGCUCAGAAAAACCUUUCCUCAUGUCCCCAGAGCUGCACAGAAUUCUGGGAAAAUCCAGCUCAGUUUCACGCUGAAAGACUCCAUCUGCAAGCAGCUUGGUCAGUCUGUAUCAUUCUGUAACUCCUAGAGACAGGACAGAAAGAAACAGGACACAAGCAGUUUACACUCCCCUGAACUCUUGAUCUGCUGAGGCAAAAAAAGACAUUUCUCUUUGCUGUUCCCACUGCUCUCCUAUGGCUAAAACACUUCACUACAUUUUACUACUAGCUUUUACCUCUACACGCUGGAUCUACACUGACAUGGAACUUGUUUAACUUGACACUGUGAACUUUCUUACUCAGCCAUGAAAACAUGACUGUACAUGUGUGCCAUACAGGGUUAACAAUGAGAUCUUCUAUGAUUUGCAUGCUUUCAACUUUGCCUGCUUGUUUUCUCUCUACUCUGGUUUUUCUACUAUCAUCACUGAUGCUGUCUGUUAUUUAGUGACUCUAAGACCACAUUCAGACUUUCAAUAGCGCUACAGUAAAACAAUGUAAGGAGCUGUGAUACUGGGAGAAGUUUUUUGGCAGUGUUUUUACUGCUGAAGGCCUCUGCAGUGGCACCCUGCAGCACCAACACAGUGUUUCUGAGUGCAAUUGUUGGUCUGACAUGCAGGGUCCUAGGAAGUAAGAAGUAAUAUUUAAACUCUAAAAUAAAUACAUGAGAAGACCAUUUUUGUAAUCAUUUUGGAAAACCUCUUUAGAACUUUUGAAUAUACCUUUUAUGUGAUGUGUGUUUUGGCUGAAUGUUGAAAACGUGUUUUGCAAAAACUUCAAAGUAUGUGAAAAUGAGUUACAGUGAAAAUGAGUCUUGAUCUACACUAAUGGAUUCAUCUGAGAACAAGAAAUCCAGGACAUAAAGAGCUUUGCUUAUAUGCCUCACAAAACAAUUCCACAGCCACCCAUACUGAUGACACACGUAUUUAUGUUUCUGUUAGUAAUUUUAGAUACAUCAUAAGGCCCAUGUGUCUAAGCAAUACAUUUUUUUCCCCUCACAAUAUUUGGAUAUAAAGGGGGAAACUACUCAGAUAUGACUUUAUUAUUUAACUAGUGUACAGUAUAAGGACAUUUGUACAUUUGCACCUUAAAUAUUCAGCAAAUAUGAUUCGCUGAAUAUUUAAGGUCGAGGUUUAAGUCUGCUUCAGAGAAAGGUAUGUUGUCACAAAUAAUGCAUGGAAAUGUGUGUGCGUGUGUGU